UUGGCCAUCUGUUUGUUUGCAUUUGUGUCUGCACGAAAAGAAAAUCUCUAAGAAAGCGCGAGUUUAAAAAAAAAAAAAAAGUUAUUCUUCUGGCAACUCCGUAAGGAAGAUUGUCUUCACUAAUGUGGCUUGGUUAUGUACCUGAGGGGAACCACAGACUGAAAAUAGUGUCCCUCUUUUAUAAAACAACCAGGAGUCUCCAAAAAUGUAAAAAUCUGAGUGUUUGUUGACGGCAAGUUGUAAGGGUGGAAAAGUGCACAAAUGGCCAAAUGCUCGUAGAAAUUGUGGAGCUAAAUUCAACGUUCUUGGCUUAUAACCAAAUGUGUUUACCCAAUCUGAAAAUGCAGGUUCCAAUGUGUCAAGUACAACUUCACUGCCUUGUGUUUUCCCGCCCGUUUGCCUAAAAGGAAAAAAAAACAAAAACUGGCCACACCCCUCAGUUUCAUAACACUCUCUUCCCUGUGUGCGAAGCUCACACGCACAAGUCGUAGCUUCAGCCUGGAGACGGCUCGAGGACUAAGAGGAUCUGCUCGCCCGUCAGUCACUACCACAGGGGGGACACGACCGCUUAUCGGUUCCAGUCAACGGCGGCAACAUGGAGGAAAAGUCUAAGCAAAGAAGAAUGACCAUGGAUUUUUCCCAACUGCACACAUACACGCCGCCGCAGUGUGCUCCGGAGAACACCGGCUAUACCUACUCCCUCAGCUCCAGCUACUCGACGGCAGCGUUAGAGUUUGAGAAGGAGCACCAGAUUGCUCCGGUCUACGAGUCGCCCAGGAUGUCACGGCGGAGCCUGCGUCUGCAAAACAUGGCCGAUCACCAUGGCAACGACAACCUUAUGGACUACACCAGAAGCCAGAGCAGCUAUGCUUCCAGGAAAGAGUCACGGACGCUCCGGGGGAGAAACACCUUGUCGUUGUCCCUGAGCCAAGCCGACACGCCCAGGCAGCACCUCAACUUCUCCGCCAUCAGCACCCCGAUAAGCAGCAGCACCAGGGUGGAGGAAAGAAACGCGGCGGCGUUUGCCGGCAGCCUGCGUGACGGCGCCGCCGACCACCUGAGGCAGCGCACCGUCACGACCAGCACGACAUCAGUCAACGGCAUCUGGGGAAGGACGUCCCACUCUGCGCACAGCUCGUCCAACGGCGACGUGGACGCUUCCAAGUCGUACGUGACGCACGCCAACGGCUUCAUCUGUAAAGACUGCUCCUUCCAUUCUGAAAAGAACGACUCCCUCAUCACGCACACGUCAUCGACAUCAUCGCCGUCGUGUCGCGCCGAAGGAGCGUGCGCCGAUUCCCUCUACCACUCGUCGUCACCUUUCUCAACUAUAUACACCAUAGACCGGAGUCGGAAGAACAAGACAGGCCUCCUAACGUCAGUGUCCAAUACGUGCGUGCGUCUGAGCAAAAAAGUCCUGGCUCCUUUUGUGUCCAUCUUCACCAUGCUUUACAGCAGCGUGCUCUGGCUACACACACGAACCACAAGCGGCACACAAGGAAGAGCAGGCGUCUUUGCGUCAUGCACGGACUCCCUGAGACAGACGGCGUCCUCCAGUUUGUCCCAAGUGUGGCUACUCAAGCGCAGGGUGAUGGGCGACAGCUCUGAAAACUCUCAAGUACAAGCUCACUCCAGUUACUGUGGGAGCAUGAAUGUUAAAGAUCUGGUGACAGAAGACGCAUCACAUCUCAAUCUCAAUGGUUCCCUAUGUGAUGACUGUAAAGGGAAGCAGUCCUUUGAGACGCACACCGUCCUCGUCACUCAGUCCUCCAGGUCCCGGCGCCUGGCGGAGGCGCUGUGGAGCCUUCUGGCUUGCGCAGGUUACUGCUUCCUCCGGCCGGGUCACUACGCGGUGAGAGGCGCUAAAGCUUUGGGCUCAGGGGUCAGCACGCUGACGCAGAGACUGCUUACGUUGCUGUGGACAAUCCUAGCGGCUCCAGGGAAGGCAGGGCGGGGUCUUCUGUGGUUUCUCGCCAGUGGCUGGUACCUCCUUGCAUCCCUCGCGUCUCUCCUAAAUGUCUUCUUUCUGACACGGUGCCUUCCAAAACUCUGGAAGCUCCUCCUGCUUUUACUGCCGCUCCUGCUCCUCUUAGCUUGGUGGCUGUGGAGCCCGCCCGUCGCCGUCCUGCUCGGCUACUUGCCAGCCGCAAACCUCACCGAGUGGCGUCCUUCCUCCCUGAUCACGUACCUGUCUAUCUUGAUGCCAGCCUCCGCUCCGGCUCCUGUAUCUGCUCCGGUUCCUGUACCUGCUGCAGAGUUCCAGACCUCAGCUCCCGUUUCACAAGCGCCACCAAUUGUAGUCUCUAGUUUGGACAUGGAGCGCCUCGAGCGUCUGGAGCGCCACCUAGCGCUCCUGUUCCAGCGAGUUCAGCAGAGCGAGCAGAAGCAGGCGCAGGAGCACACGGACAUAAUGGCUCUGUACGCCACGCUAAGGGAGAAGCUCCACGCCGAGACCGACAGGGAGACGCUGGGACUGUGGGUGUCGUCCCUGCUGGAGCAAAGGCUGGGCGUGUUGCGAGGAGAGCUGAGAGAGGACCACGCCCUCAGAAAGCAGAACGAAGAGCAGCUCAAAGCGCUACAAGGGAGUCAAACGACACGGUUGGCCGAGUUUGAACUGCUGCUCGGCGCUCUGGCUGCCCAGACUGAGACCGUGCAACAGAGGCAGCAGCAAUAUAAACUUGACAAAGAGAAAAUUGAAGUCGUCGCCGCUCCAGCAGUAGACACUCCACCUCUUAGUGUGGGAGUGAAGCAGGAGACGCACGAUGCGUUGCAGGCUGAGGUGCAAAGACUUGAGAUGGAAUUGGUAAAAGUCAGGCAGGACCUGCACGCCGUCAUGGGAUGCAGGGGCAAGUGUGAGCAGCUGGACUCGCUGCAGGAGACGAUGUCAGCUCAGGUUUCCUCCCAAGUGCGUAAGGAGUUGCACGCUCUCUUCUUCGGCAGCAGCUCGUCAGAUGAGUCUCAGGAGGAAUUGCCUGAGUCUCUGGUGGUCUGGCUCUCCCAGCGCUACGCCACCACACCCGACCUGCGGGCGUCGCUGGUUGCCCUGGAGCACGACAUCCUGAGCAACGUUUCUCGGCAGCUGCAGCUGAGCCGUGUCGAGACUCUCAGCAAGGCCGAGUCCAAGGCCGCGUCCAUCGCUGGCGCGGCGACCUUGUCGGUGCAGAACGCUGCCUCGACCGAGUGCCUGUCGGAAGAGCAAGUAAAAUUGAUCGCCCAGAAUGUGCUGAAGCUCUACUCGCAGGACAAGACCGGUCUGGUGGACUAUGCCCUGGAGUCUGGAGGCGGGAGCAUCCUCAGCACUCGCUGUUCAGAGACACACGAGACCAAGACGGCCCUCAUGAGUCUGUUUGGGGUCCCGCUCUGGUACUUCUCCCAGUCCCCUCGAGUUGUCAUCCAGCCUGACAUGUACCCAGGCAACUGCUGGGCGUUCAAAGGCUCACAGGGUUACCUCGUGAUCCGGCUUUCCAUGAGAAUCCGGCCCACGUCCUUCUGCUUGGAACAUAUUCCCAAAGCGCUGUCCCCCACCGGGAACAUCAGCAGUGCCCCUCGUAACUUCACAGUCUUUGGACUGGAUGACGAGUACCAAGAAGAAGGAGAGUUGCUCGGUCACUACACCUACCAGGAAGACGGAGAAUCGCUGCAAAUCUUCCCUGUUAAGGAGCCGACGGAGAAGACUUUCCAAGUCAUGGAGGUCCAGGUGAUGUCCAACUGGGGACAUCCCGACUACACUUGCUUAUAUCGCUUUCGAGUCCACGGAGAGCCACGCCCUCAGUGAACCAACCACUACGAAACACAAAAAACUGUUGUACAUACAGCAAAGGCGCUCUGAAGUCCUCGUGGAUGUGAGGCUGACCAGAUGGUGGCAGGUGUUUUUUUCUUUUCUUUUAUUUUUGUGCUGAAAGAAUAACAGGGACAUCCAAAUGGAGACUUGAGGACAAGAACUUUGAUUUCCUAAGAGACAUCUUGCACUGAAUGAACUUACGAAGGCACAAGAUUCCUGUUUUUAUUUUGCUGGCCAUUGUACGUGGUCAUCCAUUUUACGCCACUAGCUGAUUGGAAUGAUUUACUACUUUGUAAUGCAUUUCACCCUUUAAGGACACUGCAACCCACUCGCGGAGGUUCUUCCGCUCUGUAAAUUAAUCAGCAUAGACAAAAUGCGUCAGUGUAAUGUUGGAUGGACUUUCUCUCGCAAUUUUCUUUUAACAACAGCUUUUACGAGAGUGUUGCCUCUGAAAGUCAUAUGCCCGGAUCUCCAAUUGGCAAUCGAUUUGGAAUGGUUAGUAUCUUCAUUACUGGGGAUUUUUUUUUUUUUAAGAUAACAUUCUGUUCCUCUUUCCUUUAAGCUAAGUUAUCCGCUUCCUUUUAUCCGAGACCCAGACCGAAUGUAACCUGUAUAUUUGGUGUCCAUCAUAUAGUCUGUAUUUUUAUGAAAUUUGCUUUCAUCAGUGUUGAUUUAUAUCAGAAUAACCUAUCGCUAUUGUCUAUUAUUUUUGCCAUUUUGUUUUGGGGAAUGAUGCUUUUGUAAGGAUGCACUGCAGAUGUAGGCCUUCUUUAAUUGGGAGGGGUUGACUUGUGAUUUUGAUUGCAAAUAUAAGUGGAAUGCCUAAAUUUUGUACAAAAAAAUGUUUUAUCCCACUUUUUUAUUUAUUACGAGGUCAACUGAUGACUGUGGUAAACGAAUUCUGCCUUGUAUAUUUUGUCGAAAGCUAUUUAGUGCAUUUUGAAAGCAUCUUGGGAUUUAAUUUUGUUUUUUUUUUAAGAAAAAAGAUAAAUGGCUAUUUUUGGUUGUCGUAAAACAAGUGCUUUGGAAUAUAUUCCAAUAAAGAGCUUAAUUUUGAA